CCUAGCCUGUGAAGCUUUGCAGCGAUGCAACGUGGUACAGCUGUAGCCUAGUAAAUUUAAGAUAUUUAAACAAACUAAGUGAAAAAGACAAACUUGCAACCAUGUAUAACGACGAUUACGAUCAGUACGACGCCUACGAUGAUUAUGGUGCGGUCGAAGAGACUGCCGAGUUCUCCAGGAACUACCGGCAAAUACCAGAUUAUGUUAAAAAAAUCCUGGUUCAUCUCCAUACAUGCAUCAACGAAGGUAUGAUCUUUGAGAUCCAGAAUUUCUAUGAGAAUUCCUUCCCAAAGCUGUCGGAGAUGUUUGACAAGUCUCCAUGGCCCAAUGACCAAGCCAUCAGGCACCUUGUUGAUGAAGAUCAUGUUUUCUUAAUUCUGUACAUGGAACUGUACUAUCGUCACAUCUAUGCCAGAUUACAGCCCAAUUUGGAGCAACGCUUCAAUUCUUUCUACAAUUAUUGUGAAAUUUUCAACUACAUCUUGAAUUCUGAAGAGCCUGUUCCAUUGGAAUUGCCCGAUCAAUGGUUGUGGGAACUCAUUGAUGAAUUUGUAUAUCAAUUUCAAUCAUUCACUCAGUAUAAGGCCCAAGUAUCUUCAAAGACAUCGGAGGAAAUCAAUACUUUGGCAACCAACAGUAAAGUUUGGGAUGUUUUGUGCAUCUUGAACGUAUUGCACUAUUUGAUCGAUAAGUCUAGAAUUAAGCAACAGUUGGAAGAAUACGCCAAUGGAGGUAACCCAGAUCAUGUUGCUGGAGUAUUCGGUAGACACUCAUUGUACAAAAUGAUGGGAUAUUUCUCGUUGGUUGGACUUCUCAGAGUCCACUCUCUACUUGGUGAUUACUACCAAGCUAUUAAGGUCAUGGAAAAUAUUGAGCUUUACAAAAAGAUUGCUUACUCUCAUGUACCUGGAUGCCAAAUAUCCACUGCCUACUAUGUUGGAUUCUCCUACAUGAUGAUGAGAAGAUACGCUGAUGCUAUCAGAACUUUCUCUACCAUUUUGCUGUAUGUUCAGCGCACAAAACAACUGUUUGCUUCAAGGAGUUACCAGAAUGAUCAAAUCAACAAGCAAACAGAGCAAAUGUAUCAUUUACUUGCAAUUUGCUUGGUGCUACACCCACAGUGCAUCGAUGAUGGACUUCAGCAGACUUUGAGGGACAAGAGCUAUCAUGAAAAAAUGUACAAAAUGCAAUGCGGAGCCAUGGAAGAAUUUGAAUCUUGCUUCCAAUUCGCUUGCCCCAAAUUCCUCUGUCUGCAUCCACCAAAUCCAGAUAACCCCAAUGAGGACUAUGCUCGUGAUGCUAUCAAACAUCAGACACAAAUCUUCAUGGAGGAGGUCAUGCAACAGAAGAUGUUGCCAACCAUUCGAUCAUACUUGAAAUUGUACACUACUCUUCCUUUAAGCAAACUCGCUACAUUCUUGGACAGUACUCAACACGGUGAUGCAGACAACUUGAGCGAUUUAGUUUCCAAGCUCACCAUCUGGCUUUUGUGCUUCAAGCACAAAAUGAAGAACGUUGUUUGGGUUAAAGGAACCUCAAGCCUCCAAGGCAAAUUCGUUUCAGGAUCCGAGCUUGAUUUCUACAUUGACGAUAACAUGAUCCACAUAGCCGACACCAAAGUGUCGCAUCGUUACGGCGACUUCUUCAUUAGGAAAAUUUUGAAAUUCGAGGAUCUGAAUCGCAAAUUACAUGCAAUUAAAUUGUAAAAAAAAUAACAAACCUCAACAACACAAUUAUUAUAAUAAAAAUGAUUUUUAACUUA